AUGGCAAAUGAAGCACCUGAAAUCCCGGAAUCGGAGCUUUGCUCCCAGUUGAUUGAGGCUGGACAGAAACUUCUAGGUCCGCCACCGUCUGUCGAUGAAGUUCUGCAAAUCCUCAAUAGUGUUGAAGAACUUUUGAGCUCCGUGGGGCAAGAGCCUUCUCGGGCUUUACGUGAAGCCCUUGUGCCUGCAAUGAAUGGGCUAAUCUCUGAAAAGCUUUUCCGACAUGACAGUGUGGAUGUGAAAGUUUCUGUAUUGUUUUGCAUCCACGAGCUUAUUAGAGUUGGAGCUCCGGAUUCACCUUAUGUGGAUGACCGCAUGAAGGAAAUUUUUCAGGAGACUGUAAAUAAUGUUUUCGGGAAGCUGUCUUUGUUUUCUGGUAGAUCUUAUGCAAAGGCCUUGCAAAUCCUUCAUACAGUUGCCAAGGUCAAAUCAAGUUUGAUUCUUUUGGACAUUGGCUGUAAUGCAUUGAUCAGCCGAAUGUUUCAGGUCCUCAUGGAUACCAUUCAACCAAAUCAUCCAGAUGUAGUGUUCUCAAACAUGGAGGAAAUUAUGACUACUCUGAUUCAGGAAAGUGAUGAAGUCUCGGUAGAUCUUCUGAAGCCUCUUCUAACCGUGGUAGACAAGGAAAACCAGAUUAAUUCUCCACCAUCCCAGAUAUUAGCAAUGAAAGUACUGAAGAAUUGCUCUGAGAUAGUUAAACCUUAUCUGAUCGAAUUUGUGGAACAGCUGAGGAAAGAUGUUGCAGCUUGUACGUAUAUAAUUGCUUCAAUCUGGCCUGACAUGCCUGCUUCAGAAAAUGUGGCGAAAGAGGCAGAAAAGGAGGCCUCUUCUGUGCCAUUAAUGCUGGAGGUUGGCACCACACAAAGGGACGAUUAUGAAAGCUCAUCAGCGAAUGAUAAGAUUUCGAAGGCAUUAAUUUGCCAUGAAAAUAAUGAGAAGAUGCCAACUGAGGAUACAGAAUCAGUUCAAACUGGCACUGGAAGAGAAGCAGGACUGAGAACAAAUAAGGAUGCUUCAAUCAUAUUAGCUGCUCAUGAACAGGUUGAACAGCUGCAAAUUGUUGAUGCAGAUAAAACUCAGCCUGAAACUUUACUUGCAAGGAAUAACACUGGCAAGACAUUAAUGGUUGAUGAACAGGUUGAGCAGAUCCGAAGUGUUGCCAAAAAAUGCGUAGAGCCUGAGACUCUAGAAACUGGAGAAGUACUUCGCGGAGGAAGGGGAAAGAGUUCAACAACAUAUGCAGGCAAUGAGCAGAUUGAGCAGAUGAAAAGUCCUCCAAAAGAAUGUGAAAUGCCUGAUGCUUUAGUAACCACGGGACGGGGGAAGAAAGCAGGCCCUGAACAGAUUAAGCCUCUUCAAUUGGACACAUCAGAGUCUGGAAAAGGACUGAAACAUUCUGUGGUCAGGGCUGACAGGACUUCUUCAGAAAAUCCACGGAGGCAGAGUAAUUAUGGGAAGCGGAAAAGCUUACCAGAGAAAAAAGGUCAGCCGAAGAAGAAAAAGAUUUUGAAGGAAGAGUGUGAAGCUGAAGUUCUGCCGAAGGGUUGUCAGAAACCUCAAGAUGGCAAAGAGUAUCGAGAAGAAUUAAUCGGUGAAAGGAUAUUGGUUUGGUGGCCGGAGGACAAGCAGUUCUAUGAGGGAUUUGUAGAAACAUAUGACCCUAUCAAGAAAGAGCAUAAGGUGGCUUAUCUUGAUGAGGAUGUAGAGGUUUUGAGGUUAGAAAAUGAGCGCUGGUUACUCCGGGAAUGUGAUGAGACUUCUUCUCAUUACAAAAAAUUUCGAACUGUGAAAGGAUACAAUAAAGAGAUAGUUGGUUCACGGGUCAAGGUGUUGUGGGCCGUUGACCAUGAGUACUAUGACGCAGCCGUCGAGUCAUAUGAUCCCAUCAAGGAGCAGCAUAAGGUGGCUUAUAUUGAUGGGGAUGUGGAGUUUGUGAAACUGGAUGUGCACAACUGCAUACUGGUUGGUCACAUACUUACACAAGCACGUGACAAGGCCAACCUUCCAAAUUAUGCUGCUGCGCGACUAAGUCUCCAACUCAAGCAAGAAGGCGUCGUCUAGUCAAGGUGGCUGACAAAAAGAUCAAGGCAUCUUCUCCAUAUCAG